AUGUGUUUGAUCAUCAACAUCAUCUUGAACAUCAUAACUUGUCCGUUCACUGUUCUUCUCAACGCUGCAGUGAUAAUUGCAGUGAAAACAAGACCAACACUUCAGAGCUAUGCCAAUAUUCUACUGGCUUGUUUAGCUGCAACCGAUGCAGUGAGUGGUGUUCUGGCACAACCAUCGUUUAUUCUGUACAUGAUGUUGUUGUUACUUGGAGUGGGUGGUAAAAGCGCUGAAGACGCAGCUCAAAGUUUCCAUUAUUCUUCCAUACGCGCUGUGCUUGUCUGUUCAUCGCUUCAUCUGAUAUUGGUGACUUACGAGAGGGUAAUUGCGAUUAAAUUUACCAUGUACUACCCUGUCUUUGUAACAAGACAGACACUCAAGAUAGCAGUGGGCACCUUUUGGUUCCUUUCAAUUUCUUCUGAGGUACUAAAACACGCCAUAGACAAUCCUUUAUGUUCAAACGUUAUAGCGGUCGUGGCGUUAAUUUCUUGUGUUGUUUUUGUCUCAAUUUCUUAUUUUUUAUUGUACCAAGAAACCCGCCGACAUCAAAGAAAAAUGAAAACUGAGCAAAUACCACAAGGAGAAGUAAAACGAUUUGCCAAAGAGAACAAAGCACUCAAGACAACUGUUUUCGUAGUAGGAGCUGUUCUGAUGUGUUUUUUCCCUAUGUUCAUACUCAUUUCAUUAGUAAUUUUGUGGUCGGGUCCCGCGGUAAUUGCAUCAAGUUGGUUUUUUGUCUUGACACCAUUUGUGCGUACAUUAAGCAUGUUCAACUCCUUCCUCAAUCCACUAAUUUACUGUUUGCGACAAAGAGAAAUGAGAAAAUUCGUAUUAAGAUUUCCUAAAUCAAUACAAGUGGUACAACCCGCUGAUAUUGGAGAGAUUUAAUAAAAUAACGUCGAUAGCGAACGGCAAAGGUCACACUGGAUUUGACGAUUUUUCAAAAUUAGAAAAAGAGUACGAGAUAAAAUCAGUGCAAAGUAUAGUCAAACCUGUGGUAAAAGUUAAGAGGUCACACUUGAGAAAUGGCUUAUUGACCACUUAUUUUAAAAUACAUGAUAACAGUUUGACAAACCUAAGAGUUACUCAAGAAAAUCGGAGGAUGAUGAAAGAGGCAAAUACCUCAGUAUCCCACGGCAAAUCGACCUGACUUCUUGUGACAAAAGAAAAGAAGUAAAAAACCACAGUAACGGCAAAUCUUGUCACUGAAGGUGACCCUUUAAAAGAGUUGAAGAUAAUGAAUAACUUGUUGGGACGUCGGAAAAAGUGACGACUUAAUAGAGGUGACCCCUUAAUACGGGCCAGUUUUACAGUAAUUAAGGAAAAUGAUUUCAGGGACUUUGAUAAGUUUAGUGCAGGGUUGAUUGUAAAUUUUAUGUUGCCUAGUCCCUAGGCCUCAUUAUUCCGCGCGGCCAAAGCGUUUCGGGUCACGUGGUCCAAGAAGUACCCUCCCGUUCGUCUCGGAUACGUCACCGAAGUGAAUUGACCGAGAGGGACUGAAAAAACGCCGUACAGGGACUAGGAAAAAUCUUAUUGACGACUACUCAUUGACCCCGCUUACGUGGAGAAAAACUGUUCGCUGUAGAAGGUCACCCUCCCAGCCGUGUCACAAAAAAGUUGACCCCUUUGUCCGAGCCAAAAGCGCUCGCCCGUGCUCUUAUUUCACUUUCUUGCCUUGAUCAGGCUGGGCGAGCCAACAAUAACAACAUAAGCUUUAUUUGCAUGACUGUAAUUAUGAAGUUACAGUAUUGCAAAAGCUUUAACAUAAAGUUACAAUUUAUAACAAUGAUAAUGCAAUGCAAUGAUUACUACAGUCAAUCAAGUGUCAUCAGCAUGAUUUGAUAACAGAUUAGUACGUAAAUCAUUACGUAAUGAGACAAAGUGUUUAUAUGGAGAAAAGUGUGAAUUGUCCGGCAAGGAGGGUGACCCUCCAAUCACAAAAGGCUAACCCGGCUUGACGGGUUAUUCUUCUUGCCCAGCCAACUUUUUGUUUCUAAUGGAAACGGUUCGCCACGUUUUGUAAGGAAAAAUGUAUCAAAAAAUAGCUCACCCAGGGAAGCUCGGGUAGGCCGAUGACUUUUCAACCCGGGACAAGUUUUCUCCAUACAAACGGGACCUGAGUCGUUAAGAAACAAACUCAAUCUGAUCGUUUCGUUCUCUCACAUUGAAUAACUUCACUAUAUAAACCCGGCGCGUGGGUUGAAAUGCACUUGGGUAAUCGAAUGAUAGCCGGUUCUGAAGGGCUUUUGCGAAGUUUCUGAAUUUUGUAUCCAAGAACAAACCAGGCAGUAUGUUAAACUGGCACAUAUAAGCCAACCGUAUCAAGGGAUGUUCUUGGUCUUUAAAAAAUGCCAAAGAACUAACGCGAAUGCUUGCAUGUAAUAUCCUUACCUUCGGAUACAAGGCUUCGAAACAAAAAGGAUAACAAAUUAUUGCUAAAUGCUGUGAAAAAUUUUGACUGGAAAAAGAUGACGUAACAAAAAGGCAAGAAUCUUUUUGCACCAAAAAUCGAACCUAAGAAAAAUUAAAAUCCAUCGACUUUAAUCUGUCUAAAUUUCCUAUUUAAACUUUUUGAAGCCCACUUACGAGAUUUAAAUAUCUCCAGAAGAAAGGCAGAUAUAAUAUAUCUGAUAUUUAAAGUAAUAAAUGCUUACAACACAACAUUUACGUUAAAAAUCUAUCUUAGGUUCUCCCAGAUUGCGUGUGCUGUUUUUUCUUAUUAUUUUUCUUGUGCAAAAAUUGCACCACAUUAGUGCAAAGAAAAAAGAUCGCUAGAAAGAAUACAUCAAGUGCUUCUAAGUUACGAACAUGAACAAGUUAACCAAUCAGUUCGCGGGAGAAAGCUUAGCGGAAACACUUGCGUUCUUAAGUUUUUUAAACAGUAAUGGAUCAUUGACUAAGGGCCACUGAAACAAUAUAAAAAGUGUAUUUAUCAAAAGUUACUUCGAUAGUCGGACACUGUUGUCUUCUGUAACGGAUGAAAUCAAUCUUUUGGCAUGGGUAAUAUUAAAGUACAAAGUGCUUGCUCUUUAUUUCAGCUUAUUAAGCGGCUGAUUGAGUAAUUGAGAAAUGCAUAUAUUUGGCAAGGUCGUCUUUUUUUCUGUAAUAUACAUUACAUUAACGACGCACAAUAGCAGAAGUUGACCCAAAAGAGAGCAAUUGAUUGAGUACAUGACAACGCAGCUGCAAGUGUUAUUUAAUUGUGGUUCAGUCAGUGACGAAAAGUACAGAAGCAUUUUGAUUCUUAACCGUAAACAUGUAUGACCCGAACUCAACUACAGCUUCCAAUUCAAUCUUCAAUGUUUCGAAUGCCUUGGACGUACCUCCGCGACUUAGCGCGCAAGAACAGAUGUGUUUGAUCAUCAACAUCAUCUUGAACAUCAUAACUUGUCCGUUCACUGUUCUUCUCAACGCUUUAGUGAUAAUUGCAGUGAAAACAAGACCAACACUUCAGAGCUAUGCCAAUAUUCUACUGGCUUGUUUAGCUGCAACCGAUGCAGUGAGUGGUGUUCUGGCACAACCAUCGUUUAUUCUCUACUUAACAAUUAGUUCAUGCGUCAGCGUGCGUAUGUCGAGAUAUUGAGCACGCGGGAAGUUUGGAGAGCACGAAAGAGGCGUAAGAGUUGCACGAGGCGCAGCCGAGUGCAACUCUAGCCUCUUGAGUGCUCUCCAAACUUCCCGCGUGCUCAAUAUCUCGACAUACGCACGCUGACGCAUGAACUAAUUGUUAAUUAGUAUAUACUAAAACAGUGGAUAGUGUUUUUCGCGCGCUCUGAUUGGCUACUCAAUCAGUGAAUAUCCUGCACUGUUCACUGAUUCAACUCCAGUUCCUCCGAGCGAGCGACGCCAAACUCGUUGCGAGCAAAAUGCCUUCCCGGUUUGCUGCCGUAGACAAACAAAGAAAUUUCGAAACUAAUCAAGCAAGCUGUUUCCGAAAUACACGAAGAAGGUGACGAAGUUCGGAUUGGAAGUUUUAACAGGUAAAGCUUUGUCUUUUUGACCUAGAAUUUAUCCAUAAAACCGGUGGAAAAGUUUUUUGUUUACAAAUGCAAAUUAAGUUUAAGUCUUGCGUUACUUUAUUUAGUUGAGUUGUUCAUAAAUAUAAAGCUUAAAACUAAAUUUAAUAAUCUUUUUUGAUAGAAUGAUUUUAAAUACAAAAAGAAUUCACAACUCCUUUUGAAGAAAUUUCCCCGCAAGAGCUAAACAAAUGCCUUCAAAAGUUUUAAUUGUCCGCAAGAAAAAGCCACGGCAGCGGUCGCCCGGUCAUUACGCGCCAAAAUUGAAAUCGUUGGCAACAGUAUUUGAGUUAAAAAUUAUGAUUUUCCUGCAGAAAAAAGAUCGCUAAUAACUGUAUAUCAACUGACACUAAUUGAGGAACGUGAAGUAGUGUUACCUACUUGAGUUAACCAAUCUUAUCGUGGGAAAAAGCUGAGUGGAAAACGCUUGCAUAUUGAAAUUUCUUAAACAGUGUAAGGCCAUUGACUAAAGACCACUGAACCUUUUUGAAGAUGCUUUUACCCGUUAAUUUACUUCGUGGCUGAAAACUGUUGUCUUCUUAAUUAUUAAAACCAAUCAUACUUAUUUAGCGGUCGACUAAGUAUGUUGGAAAUGUGUAUAUUUGGCAGGUCAUCGAGUAAAUGCAGACAAUGUAAAGAAACCCGCUGGGGAAAGUGUGCAUGGACGCACUAUCCCUCCACUAUAUAUACUCGUCGGUUUUAGCGACAAAAAGUACAUAAGCAUUUUCAUUCUUACAAGUCAACAUGUAUGUCGAAAACUCUAUUUCAGGCUCCAAUUCAACCUUUAUGUUUUCAAACAACACCUUGGACGAACCGGCUUCGCGUCUUAGCACACAAGCUCAGAUAAGUUUGAUCAUCAACAUCAUCAUCAACAUCAUAACUUGUCCGUUCACUGUUCUUCUCAACGCAUUAGUGAUAAUUGCAGUGAAAACAAGAUCAACACUUCAGAGCUAUGCCAAUAUUCUACUGGCCUGUUUAGCUGAUACCGAUGCAGUGAGUGGUGUUCUGGCACAACCAUCGUUUAUUCUGUACAUGAUGUUGUUGUUAUUUGGAACGGCUGCGGAUCAAAGCACAAAACUUGAGGUUCAUUUAUCCCACAAUUCUGCUCUGCGCGUUGUGCUUGUCUGUUCAUCGCUUCAUCUGAUACUGGUGACUUACGAGAGGGUCAUUGCGAUAAAAUUUACCAUGUACUACCCUAUCUUUGUCACAGCCCAGAAACUCAAAGUAGCAGUGAUUGCUUUUUGGAUUUUUUCAAUUUCUUCCGAGCUAGUAAAGCACGCAACAGAGGAUCCUUUAUUUUCAAACGUUACAACGGCCCUGGCUUUAAUUUUCUGUGUUGUUUUUGUUUCAAUUUCUUACUUGUUGUUGUACAAAGAAACCCUUAGACUCAGAAGGAAAAUGAAAACUGAGCAAAUACCACAAGAAGAAGUGGAACGAAUUGCCAAGGAAAACAAAGCACUCAAGACAACUGUGCUCGUGGUCGGAACUGUUCUGUUAUGUUUUAUCCCCUUGUUGAUGCAUAUUCUAUUAGUACUUUUGUGGUCGGGUAACGUGGUAUAUCAAGCAAGUUUGUACAAUGUCUUGACACCAUUUUCUCGUACAUUCAGCAUGUUCAACUCCUUCCUCAAUCCACUAAUUUACUGUUUGCGACAAAGAGAAAUUAGAAAAUUUGUCUUAAGAUUUCCUAAAGCAAUACAAGUGGUGCAACCCGUUGAAAACUAGCACGAUCGUAUAACAGUGAGAAUUUGAUCUGAUCAGAAGUAGGUCAAAAUUUUUGACUGGUACGUUUCCUCUUUUACCACACCUGAACCGUGCAAGUUUUUGCACAGACCUGGGGCAUAGUUACGCGCCUUUGAUAAAAAAAAGCCAGUCCAGUGCUUAGACUGGCGAAACUUUGUACGGACUCGUUUAAACAGUACUGCAACAGAAUUUGAACGGUUCCGUGUAAACGGAACAAAAAGCACAAGAUGCAAUUAUUUCUUACCUUUUUAAACUACUGCCAGACGUAAGAUUUGUCAUCAUGAGAAGGAUUAUUUCCAGUGUAGUGAUCAAUAUAAUCGCUUUCCUUCUCAGAGCGAAAGUUUUUUUGUUACGUAUAUGUUCAAGUUUGGCUUCGUCCGUUGAGCGCCAAACAAAAUGAAUAUUUGACGUCAUAAUAAGAGAUUUAUGACGUGGCUCGCGCUCGCGCCACGCGCACUGCACAACAUUCGACCUCGUUCCCAGGGUUCUCUCCCUGGGAACGAGGCUCCUGAACAUUCUCCCAGUUGUCAUGUUCAAUCUCAAACAUCGUACCCGAGAAAGGGCGUAUCACUGAAUAGUUGGCUAACGCAACGAUAUUUUUUUAUUUACUUCAAUGCACCAGUUUCUAAAACUUUACUUUUACACACUCGUGCGCAUCAGCAGAAAAAUCUUCGACAAAUGAGUUCGAUCAGUCCGCAUGUCCCCCCUUUUUAGAAACAAUGACUCUUCUACUAAUCAUUUCCAAGUCAGUGAUAGUGGCUAUAUGUAUCAAACUCUGAACAAAGGCGUAAUAACCUUAGCUUCGAUUUCCGAUGUAAGCAUUGAAUCUAGAUAAGUGAAUAUAAAGGAGUGCAUGGACACUAGAAACGUAGGCUCAAUUACCAGCCGCUGAUCGGGAAAUGAGCCCGCACUCCUGAACCCAAUCGAACGAAAUAAUAUACGACGAUCUGAUUUUUUUUUUUAAAAAAAAGGUGUUCAGGGCUACAUUUUCAUUUGUUGUCUAUCUCAGGUUCUCCUUUAACUAGAUUGCUGUUGCUUUUUUCUUCGUGCAACAGCAAAAGAUCGCUAACAAGUGUAGAUCAGCUGUCGCUAAUUGAAGAACGUGAACAUGUGUUACCCACUUGAGUUAACCAAUCUUGUCGUGGGAAAAAGCUAAGGAGAAAACGCUUGUAUAUUGAAGUUUCUUAAACAGUGUAAGGCCAUUCACUAAGAACCUCUCAAACAUAAUGGUAAUUCUUUCACCCGAAAAUGUUCUUCGAGGAAGGAAAACUGUUGUCUUCUUAAUUAAAUAACCAAUCAUGUUCAGAUCCUUACAUGGGUAAUAUACGUGUAUUUAGCUAUUGACUAAGUAAGUAAGAAACGGAUAUAUUGGGCAAAAUAGAAAUGCUUGACCAAAAACGAUCAGUUGAUCGACCAAAUGCAGACAAAGUUAAGAAACCUGGGAAAGUGUUGACGUUUUCGGUUUCAGCGACGAAAAGAACAUAAGCAUUUUUCUUCUCAACAGUAAACAUGAAUGUCACGAACUCUACUUCAGGCUUCAAUUCAACCUUCAUGUUUUCAAACAACACCUUGGACGAACCGGCUUCGCGUCUUAGCACACAAGCACAGCUAAGUUUGAUCAUCAACAUCAUCAUCAACAUCGUAACUUGUCCGUUCACUGUUCUUCUCAACGCUGUAGUGAUAGUUGCAGUGAAAACAAGAUCAACACUUCAGAGCUAUGCCAAUAUUCUACUGGCUUGUUUAGCUGCGACCGAUGCAGUGAGUGGUGUUCUGGCACAACCAUCGUUUAUUCUGUACAUGAUGUUGUUGUUACUCGGAGUGGGUGGUAAAAGCGCCGAAGACGCGGUUCAUUUAUUCCAUAAUUCUGUCUUACGCGCUGUGCUUGUCUGUUCAUCGCUUCAUCUGAUAUUGGUGACUUACGAGAGGGUAAUUGCGAUUAAAUUUACCAUGUACUACCCUGUCUGUGUCACAGAACAGAAACUCAAGAUAGCAGUGACUGCUUUUUGGCUGCUUUCAAUUUCUUCUGAGGUACUAAAACACGCAAUAGAGGACUCUUUAUAUUCAAACGUUAUAGCGGCCGUGGCUUUAAUUUCCUGUGUUCUUUUUAUCUCAAUUUCUUACUCCUUGUUGCAUCAAGAAACCCGCAGACACCAAAGGAAAAUGAAAACUGAGCAAAUACCACAAGAAGAAGUGGAACGGUUUGCCAAAGAGAACAAAGCACUCAAGACGACUGUGUUCGUAGUAGGAGCUGUUCUGUUAUGUUUUAUCCCCGUGUUUAUACUACUUUUGUUAGUAUUUUUGUGGUCGGGAAACGUUGUUGUACAAGCAAAUUUGUUUCAUGUGUUGACACCAUUUGUUCGUACAUUCAGUAUGUUCAACUCUUUCCUCAAUCCACUAAUUUACUGUUUGCGACAAAGAGAAAUGAGAAAAUUUGUAUUGAGAUUUCCUAAAACAGUGCAAGUGGUGCAACCCGCUAACAACUAG